GGAGGAAGUUCAAACUCCCUGGAGUUUCUGAAAGCGGCGUGUUGACGCAUGAAAAUGUGUUCCUCUUUGCGUAAAAAGGCACAUCGCCUCUUUGAAAUGCAUCAUUCAUAACACACUUGUAGAGAAGCUUUUAUCUGUUAGUUAAGUUGUUUCCGUUUAUUGGAUAUCAUUAUUGCAUUUACUUGACAACAUGUCAGAAGUCUUCAUUAUAGAUCUAAUUCACUGUCGGUGUCCGCAGCACAGCUCGUGCGUGGAGAGGCAAGUAAAAAGCGUCACAGGUAGGAGCGAUGUCGGCUUUCAGAUAUAUCUACUAUUCGGACCACAUGGUCAACGUUGUAAUGCAAACGGCGAGAACAAGAUGUCUUUGCUGGAAACGUUUUUCAGUCAGAAGACAAACGUCCACGUAUUGGACUACACCACCGUUACGGAGUCUUGGUACCGUUUCAAACUAGCCGUGGACCAACUGGACUUACGAACGGUUCGGGUCUUCACCUCAAAAAAAAGGAGACCGAUGUUUGAAGCAUACAUUGAGCAACUUUUCACGGAAGUGUAUACAUUUGAGUACAUCACAUCACAUGACCUCCCGUGCCCUGGUCAUGUGCAAUGCGACUCACCUUUAGCUUCACCUGUCAGUGAGGUCAGAGAGGAGGUCAGAAGCUUUCUGCAGCAGUUACCUGCUAAAGGAGACGUCACCAUACUGAGGUCCACUUUAAUUUCAGACUGUUUCUCCCAUGGAUUCACCACACGUACAGGAGGUAUUUCCUCCAUCUCCACCCUCUCCUCUCUCAACCUGUUUAGUAGCUCCAGACGCAGAGACCCCAUGACCCUUGUAGCCGAGAACAUCCGCCGACUAGCCCGAAAGGCUGGGUUCUACCCCCGACGCCUGCACCUGGUCAAGGUGAACCACAGCAGUGAUGUAUGGGUGAUGGGAAAGGAAGAGGAGCCACACGACUAUGAUGGCAUCGUAACCAAUCAGAGAGGUGUUGUCAUAGCUGCACCAGGAGCUGAUUGCAUGCCCCUCCUCUUCACUGACCCCGUGGCCAGGGUCAUCGGAGUAGCUCACGCUGGAUGGAAAGGAACCCUGAUGGGUGUUGCCAUGGCUACAGUCAACGCCAUGGUGAUGGGAUUCGGCAGCAGGGCGUGUGACGUCACCGUGGUGAUCGGGCCGUCGGUGGGGGCCUGUUGCUUUACACUGGAGAGAGAGCAAGCUGCAGACUUCUACUCUAUCCACCCUGACUGUGUUCCUGACAUGGCUGAGACCAGGCCUCAUGUCAACAUACGACUAGCCACCAGAAUACUUCUCCAGAGGGAAGGGGUCCUGCCUGAGCGUAUCCAUGACGACACGGUGACUGACAGGCCGAGCGUGACCCUGUGCACAUCCUGUCACCCUGAGGCCUUCUUCUCCCACGUCAGGGACGGGCUUAACUUCGGAACACAGAUCGGCUUCCUGUGGAUGGAUGAAACAGGAACUACUGACUGUUUCAGUAGUUCAGAACACUGAAUUAAUUUAUGUACAUUACCAGUCAAGGUUUAGAACACCUACUCAUUGCAGGGUUUUUCUUUAUUUGGACUAUUUUCGACAUUGUAGAAUAAUAGUGAAGACA